CAGUUUCCCGCCAACACAUAAAUGUAGGGCAAAAUGUGCGUAUCUAGUGGUCUGUAAGGCAAGGAUAGAGAGGAAUGAAUAUUGUCUUGUGAAAUAUACAUUAAAUAUAAUGAAAUGGAAGACACAGGCUCACUGUUGGGUCCGAGGCUAAAACGUCAGAAGCUUGAUAACAAGGGUCGUUUAGCUGCCUUAGAGAAGCUGAAACAGCUGAAAGGCAGCAAGCAUAAGUAUGAAAUAUCUGGAAUUGAUAAUGUGUAUGAUGAAGUGGAUGAAAGAGAAUAUACAAAGAAAGUUCUUGAGAGGCAGGAUGAUGACUGGAUUGUUGAUGAUGGUGGCUGUGGAUAUGUGGAAGAUGGACGUGAGAUAUUCGAUGAUGACCUGGAUGAUGAGUCCAUUAUAUCUGCUGCAUCACAAAAUAAGAAAGAAAGAGUUGGACCAAAGAGACAGAAGGAUAGAAGAAAGGAGAUUAAUCAGAUGUCUUCAGAUUCUGCUGGCAAAUCUAGCAACAUCAGAACCAUGCUUAUGAACAUGCCAGCAAAGAAGAAAAAAGAGGCCCCUGUGAAACUUGAUGAAGAUGCCAUUCUGGGGGAUAUCAUGGAGGAGCUUAACAGCACGUGUACAGUAAGGCCCACUACUCACGCUACAAAAUUGAGGAGGUUGACUCCAGUCCAGCCUACAGACUUGGCAGCAAGGAACUAUAUCCAGUCCCUGACAUCUAGCACUCCAAAGUUGCCUUUGAAGUCUUUGACUCCAAAAGCAGUGCCAAGUUAUUGUACUCCAACUACAGAGGAGGAGAAGACACAGGGAAGUAUCAAUACGCUACCAGAAAACAGUGAUUCAGAUGACAUAAUUGUAAGUGAUGUUCCUUCAAAUGGUGAUACACAGCCAACAUCAUCACAGAUAAUUGAUGAUUUUGACACCAGUGACAUAAUUCUUGAUCAGGAAGCUUUUAAAGAGAUGGAAUUGGAGUAUAAGCAAGCUGAUGGUCUGAAGGAGAAUUUACACAGUGGAAAGGUACAGGAGCCAUCAUUGGACACCCUUUCCAUUAAUGGCUGCAUGAAACAAACACCAGUAGCAGAAGAGAGGUUGCCAGCUGUGUGGGACACUAUGGUAACUGCAGCUGUCUUUGGCAACAGCAGCAGCAGUACUAACAGUACAACAGACAUUAAAGUUGAUCUAACACAGUUGCCGCUUGUUACUACAGAGUCUGGUGAGAAGGUGCUAAGAAUCUUUUGGUGGGAUGCAUAUGAAGACUGGGUCAAGCAGCCGGGUGUUGUAUAUCUGUUUGGAAAAGUAUGGAUUGAGUCAGCAAAGACUCAUAUCAGCUGUUGUGUUACCGUGAAGAAUAUUGAGAGAAGAAUUUACAUUUUGCCACGUGAAAAGCAUUACAACAUGCAUACCAAGACGUCAUUGGAUGAGGAUGUGACCAUGUUGGAUGUGUACAAAGAAUUCAAUGAGAGAAUAGCAGAACGCUACAAGAUUUUGCAAUAUAAAUCACGCAAAGUUGAGCGACAUUAUGCUUUCAGCAUCCCUGAUGUCCCAAUGAAAUCUGAGUAUUUGGAGGUUAUGUACCCAGCCAGCCAGCCAGCAGUGCCAUCUGACCUGCAAGGUGAGACAUUUAGCCAUGUGUUUGGUACAAACAGAAGUGCUCUGGAGCAGCUGCUGUUGGACCGCAGGAUGAAAGGUCCUUGUUGGCUUGACCUGAAAUGUGUUCAGCCUGUCAGCAAUCCUGUUAGCUGGUGCAAAGUUGAGGCAAUGGUGGUGAAACCAGAACAUGUGACACUCUGUACUGUGAUGCCUUCUCCUGCCCCUCCACCACUUGUGGUGGCAACAUUGAACAUCUGCACAGUGCUCCAUCCUUCAAAUGGUCAGAACGAGGUAGUCAUGGUUGGUUGCCUGGUUCACAAUGAUUUCCAUGUGGACAGGGCACCUCCUCAGCCUCCGUUCCAGCAGCACUUCUGUGCUUUCACUCGACCAUCAGACAUGGCCUGGCCGUUUGACUUCAGUGCUGUAUCAGCACAUUACUCGUCAACAAAGUUAGAGAAGAUGGAUACAGAACGUGCACUGCUGGGGUUCUUUCUUGCAAAACUCUUCAAGUUGGACCCUGACCUAAUUGUGGGACAUGACUUGUAUGGCUAUGGAUUAGAACUGCUCAUGCAUCGCAUGAAUGUCAACAAGAUCCCACAUUGGUCUAGGCUUGGAAGACUGCGCAGAGCUAAUAUACAGAGUGGGAAGGGACGCAUGGUUCAGUUGGAGAAGAAUGCUAUGUGUGGGCGACUGGUUUGUGAUGUGAAAAUAUCUGCCAAGGAACUAAUCAGGUCUCGAAGCUAUGAUUUGGGAACACUUUGUCAGAAUGUUCUUCAUAUAAAAGAAGACGAGAGAGCUGAAGUGACAAUGGAUGAGGUAAAACGACUGUAUGGAUCAUCUCAGACACUUCUGCAAAUCAUCUCUUGCACCAUGCAGGACGCUGCAUACAUUGUUCGACUGAUGUGCGAGCUAAAUGUGUUGCCUCUUGCCCUGCAGAUCACAAACAUUGCAGGCAAUGUGAUGUCAAGGACACUAAUGGGUGGACGCUCAGAACGAAAUGAGUUCUUAUUGCUGCAUGCAUUCACAGAGAAAAACUUUAUUGUACCAGACAAGCAGUAUGGAAAGAAGCCUAUUCAUCAUGUUGAUGAGUUUGACAUAGAUGAUACAGUGAGUGGGCAACACCAGAAGAAAGGUCGAACUGGGAAGAGAAAACCAGCAUACACAGGCGGUCUUGUUCUGGAACCUCGGAAGGGGUUCUAUGACAAGCUGAUCUUGCUCAUGGACUUCAAUUCACUGUACCCCAGCAUUAUACAAGAAUAUAACAUCUGUUUUACCACCAUAAAUCUUGGUGUGCUCCCAACCAGUGAUGAAAAUGAGGAAGAAAUGCAAGUAGAACUGCCAAGCCCUGGACUGCAAGCUGGGAUCCUUCCAACAGAAAUUCGCAAGUUGGUUGAAAGCCGGUGUGAAGUCAAGAAAUUGAUGAAAAACCCUGACCUAGCCCCAGAUGUGAAAAUGCAAUACAACAUUCGCCAAAUGGCGCUGAAGUUGACUGCCAACAGUAUGUAUGGUUGUCUAGGGUUUCCACAUUCUCGGUUUUAUGCAAAGCCGCUUGCAGCACUGAUCACAGCAAAAGGCAGAGAGAUUUUGCUUAACACCAAAGAUCUUGUGGAGAAAAUGAACUUCCAAGUGAUUUAUGGAGAUACAGAUUCAAUCAUGAUCAACACAAACUGUUUGGAUUAUGACCAGGUCUUCAAGAUAGGUCACAAGAUCAAACUUGAAGUAAACAGGCUAUACCGGCAAGUGGAGUUAGAUGUUGAUGGUGUCUUCAAAUACAUGUUGUUGCUGAAGAAGAAGAAGUAUGCAGCUGUCUCAAUAUCUCGCCUCCCUAAUGGAGAACUCGUCACACAGCAGGAACUGAAGGGUCUGGAUAUUGUGCGGCGAGAUUGGUCCCAGCUCUCUGCUGAAGCUGGCAAGUUUAUUCUGGAGCAGAUUCUAUCAGAUCAGGAAGCUGAUGAGCGACUCUUGCGAAUCCAUGAGCACCUAGGGAGACUGAGAGUGGAUCUGGAAGCUGGGCGAGUCCCUCUGUCCUUGCUCACCAUCACAAAACAGCUCACUAAGAAUCCAGAAGAGUAUGCAGACAAGAAGAGUUUGCCCCAUGUACAAGUAGCACUCAGACUUAAUCAGCAUGGUGGCCGGAAGUUGAAGCAGGGUGACACUGUCACUUAUAUCAUAUGUGAGGAUGGAAGUAACCUUGGAGCCAUGCAGAGGGCCUAUCAUGUGGAUGAGCUGAAAACAAAUGAAAACUUGAAGAUUGAUGUAAAGUACUACCUGUCACAACAGAUUCAUCCUGUUGUGUCCCGACUCUGUGACCCCAUUGAAGGUACUGAUGCUGCUCGCAUUGCUGAAAGCCUUGGUCUGGACUCAUCAAACUACCGCCAUGUGCAGCGAGGACCACUAAAUGCAGAAACAGAUGUUGGUGAGAAAUUAGUUCUGUCAAACGAGGAAAGGUUCCGCAGCUGUGAAAGGUUCAAGUUUGUAUGCAAGAAUGAAUUUUGCAAGGCAGAGAUUGUUAUGGAUGAUCCUGUCAAGAAAACUGAUGAUAUAUUUUCACAUUUUACACUUGAGAAAUGUUCAAACCCACAGUGCACUACUGGUCCAUUUGAGUAUUUGGCCAGUAUUCAGAACAGCCUCACACUAGUCACACGAAAAUUCAUCCAUCGUUACUAUGAGAAUUGGCUGAUAUGUGAGGACCCGGCUUGUACCAAUCGCACACGUCAACUGCCAACAGAUAUGAAAGGGAACUAUCCACAUUGUAAUUUAUGCAGAUCAGCUAUAAUGUAUAAAGAGUACAAUGAGUAUGACCUGUAUACACAACUCAGCUUCUUUCAACACAUCUUUGAUCUGUCCAGAGUGACUGAUAAGCGUCCAAACAGCUUAGAGCUGGAAAAGGCUUAUGACAAGCUGCGAGAGCAGGCAGAGCAAACUCUCCGGCACAGUGCGUACAGUGUUGUAAAUCUGGCCAGCCUGUUCCAGCCCCUUACAUGGGACAGCAAAUCUGAGCACUGCAGUAAGAAGAGCUGAGGAACUUCUGUUGACAUCAUAAUCAAACAAGAACAAAUUCAUGGUGACACUGCUAAUGCUGUGAAAAUUCCCAGGUCUUAAAUCCAUUGUAAAUUUUAACCAGGUGAUUUAAAGAACCUGCAAGUGAUAUUACCUUUGUGUUGAAAGACAUGCGCAUGUAUCAUCUCGGCUGUCCUGUGUACAGUGGAUUGGAUAUUUUGUUGAUAAAGGAGUACGGUCUCUUGCUAAACUUUGUCCAUGUGCAUGCAGGUGUGCUUUGUUGCUAAUUACCAGUGUAAUGCGGUUGUAUCAAUAUGUUGCUUAUAGACUUCCCUUUUUAGCAUUUAGUCAUAAGAUGCAGAGAUAUAUGUUCACCUUUCCUGAGUGGUUAUGUAGAGUCUGUACUUUCUCAUGCAUCCUGAGUCACAUUAUUAUUAGGAAAGUUAUUAGGUUUUACCAGACUGUUCACCAUUGAAGGUAGCUUUUGCUACUUUAUGAGUUAACAGAAUUUUACCUGGUUAGUGAAAAAUCACCUGUUCUUUGUUCCUUUCUGAAAGUUUAUUUCAAUUGUAAAUAAGAUUAUCCUCAGAAUUAAUGACAAACUCUGCAGCUGUGUGAUAUGUAAGAUUGUUUAUCUCAUAGAGAACAUAUAUAUUGUCUGCAUUACAAAGGCCAACUGGUUAAUACUAGUUAGGGAAGAAAUUACUGUUUAUUCUGAAAAUGACAUAAAACAUAUGUAACAUUUUAUGGGCAGAAUGCAGUUUUUUAAUAUUAAAUUGGGUGGUACAGACAGUAACCACUGGGUUAAUCUUGCCCCUGCCAGUGAACUGAUUUGUCUGGUGAAGCAGAUUCUGCUAGGCUUGCUGAGUCCAAUUUGGGUGAUACAGAGAGAGAAAAAGGCUUACUUUUUUUGCACGUAAUUCACACAUGUUAAAAGGUGACAACCAUAUAGUACUUUUAAACACUUUCUACUGUUUAUCUUGGACAUAAGGGUCUCAUAUGUCUUGUUCAGCCUGGCUGUUCCAGCUUAAUCUUUAGCACAUCAUUGUGUAAUGACAGGGUUAAGAAAACUUCCCUGAAUGAAAUCAUUGCUGCAUUUAUUUCAAUUUAGAUGGGUUAGUACCACUUUCAUGCACCUAAAGAUUACCAAUAUGUCAGCCAUUUUAUGGUAGGAAAUUUAGUACUUAUAAUUUUUUAUGAAAACUUGUGUUCCAUUUCAUCAGUUUUAUUAAUUGUUGUGCUUCAAAUGCACAGUCCAUCACACAAACUUGAGCAAAUUUAUUCUCAGGUCUCCUGUUUUGCUCUUGUGUUUAUCCCAGUUGCAGUCAUGAUUAUUACCUGCAGUAACACAGUAAAUGCAAAAUUCUUAAGUUGUCUGGUAUGGUGAAAUUCUUGGUAUGGAGUUCAAAGAAAACUAUGAAGGUGCGAAUAAAGACUGCACUGUAAUAACAGUUCAUAUUUUUGUUAAUAAUGUUUUCAUAUUACAUGGUUUAUUAAUUUAAUACAUAAUCUUAUUUGGUAAAGUCAUUACAAUUACCUGUGAGUGCUGUUGAUAACUGCAAGAAGACACAUAAUUACGUCUAUGUUCUGAUUCAGAACAAGUUAUUUGUGUAAUAUUUCUAAUUCACUUUGUGUAUGUAGUUCUUUAUUAGCUCUCAGUUUGUAAUCAGCUUCUGUAUGUUGCAAUAUCUUUUGCUGUGUAAACAACUCUCAUUUGUUAUGAGAAUAAAUUGUAUGCAUGCUAAAAA